AUAUUACACACAGUUCUCGUUCUAACUUCAACGCUGCCAGCAGCAUAGAAUCGAAUAAAUUGUUUCGCUCGGCGGCCAACACCAUAAGCGACGUGUGAAAAAGCCAAAAAAUAGAGCUAUAUUUAACGCUUUAAAUUGUGAACAAAACAAAUAAAAAAAGUGAACGAAAAAGAAAACAGAGAAGUUCUGAUUAAAGUAGUGAAUUAUUGAUUUUUAGUGCAUCAACCAUACACAAUUUUGUUUGUAUCAUUGUGUAAAUCGAAACCUAAACAAACUUCGACGAAUCGAGAGCUGCUUCGAGGAAAAAAUUUUUAUUGGUGCCAUUUAACUGUCUAACUGUGUGUUUCGACUCAUUGGAUUUCUCACUUGCUCACUCACAUUCUGUCUCUCUGUUCGAAAUCAAGUGAAACACCGACAAAAUGUCAUUCCGAGAAAUUGAUGCGAAACGCGACCAAUUUCGCAAGUACAUUGAAAGCAAGGGUGUCAUUGACAGCAUCACCAAAGUGCUCAUCAAAUUGCUUGAAACGCCAGAAAAACCCGAACAUCCAAUGGAUUUUAUUCGUGCAAAUUUGGGCGCCACACAGGCCGAAGAACGACGCAUCGAAAGUCUUGAACAAGAAGUCAUUGGCUAUAAAAAAGAAGUGUCCGAUUUGAAAUCACUACUUGAUGAAAAAAAAUCACAACUUGAAGCGGUUAAUGCCAAAUUAAGCGAAUAUGAAAAGAAAACGACGGAUGACCAAGAAAAUAAGGACACAAAGAACGACGAAAACAUUGCGUCAAAUGAAUCGGUUCAGGUUAACGAUACGAAGGCUGAAACAAAUGAAACGAAACAAAAGAAUGCAAUCGUUGCUGGUGGGGCUGAAGUUACGGCAAGCAAAGACAAUGAAUCGGAAACGGCCGCAACACCAAAUUCAACCGCAACCACUGUUGACAGUACUAAGGCAUCGAAUGAUAGUGAGACGGCCGAUGUUGCCAAGUCAAAUACGGACACCGCACAGACCGAUGACGAAAAAACUCCUACAGCGGCCACAAUAGAUGAAGCUGACAAAACUAAAAAAGCCGAAAACGCCGCAACCGGAGCUACAGCUGCUGUCGCUGCCGUCGCUGCUGCUGCUGCCACCGGCGAUGCCGUAACCGAAAAAGAAAAGUAAAUUUAUUAAUUGUAAUUUGCAAAACCAUAAACCAUAUGUGGCUAUCUUAUAAUAAUGAACAAGACAAGAAAAAAAAUAGAUAAAAAAACAUGACAAACAUCAAAUCAUUCAAACUGUUUUCAGAUAAACUAGGACACUUAAUAUUUAAAGUUAAAUUGUUGAAAAAAAUGAAUAUUUUUGAAUGAGCAUUUGCCCUGUUAAUGAUGAAUUUAAUGGCAUACACAUAAACGCAACCAUAAAUGAAAAAAAAAAUAAUAAGCAACUGAAUUUGGCCACAUCAUUUUUUGUUGUUGAUUUUCACACGAUUACUAGAGAGUUUAAUUAUACCAGCAACACUACUGAAAACUACUUUUUGUCUAUAGAAUAAGCUGUCCGACUUUCAAGCACAAUUUUUGACGAUUAUAAUAAUGUUUUUUUUUCCUUUUGAAAAAGUUUCAAAAAUGACAAGAAAAAAAUUAACUUUUGACAAAUAAUUUCAACAGAUUGAUUUACAUUUUUUUUUUGUAUUACACUCAAUGCAGCGAGUGACAAAUUUGAUCAAUCCAUUGUUAAGAUAUAAUAACAGAACUAUUUUGUUAAUGAUUUUGAAAGAAAAAUAACAAAUUUUGCGAAAAGAAUCUUUUUCUGGAAGAAAUAAAAAAAAAUGUUUCUAAAUAUUUCAAAACAUUAAAAAAAAAAACAAGCAAAUAAUUAUUACGUCCUAAUGAACACGUCCUGAAUAAUAAUAAUAAUAAUAUUAAUAACAUUGAAAUCAUUUAUCUCUAUUUAUUAUUAGUAAAAUGACCAUGAGUAUUUACAAUCCAUGCAUUGAAAACACAGUUUAAAGCCACAGUUGUACAGAUCAAAUGAACAAAAUUUCGAAUGUUUUUCUCAGGUAUCAUUUUUUCUCUGUGUUUUUUUCUCCAUACAAUUCAAAUAUUCACUGGCACUUUGGUAACAAUUACAGAUCAAUCUCUAUCUAGUCCUAAAAGCCAAUUUUGUUUAAACACAUAUCAUUAUUAAUUAUGCACUUAAGAACAAUACACACAUAUGCACACGUUCACACAUACAUAUUUUUAAAUGGAAGUGGCUUACGCAAAUACAGAUGGAGACAGACACUUGAUUCAAACACUCAAACCAAAUUGAUGUUUUGACUAUCGUUCAACGAAAUCUCGAUUAGGCUAUGAAAUGUCACACUUAACCGCAUUGAGAAAAGUGGUUGAGUAGUAAAGUGGUUUUUUUCUGUUUACAGAGUGUAUACUUUGUUUGGUGUAGAAUCUCUUUGAUUGUAAUUGUAAAAGUCAUAUUUAAUAUUUUCAUAUUUUAAGCGAUAUUUUGUGGUCAAUCAUCAAAUCAAUUUGAAUCAAACUUCAAUUUUCAAGUAUACAUCCAAGAUCAACAAGAGUUGAUAAGAGUUCAAAAAUGAAAGAGAGAGAGAGAGAUAAUCGUAAGAAUGUUCUAAAGAAGACGAAAAAAUGGAUAAGUAAGAGCUCUUGAUGGAUGCCGAGAUGGUUCCAUUUAAAAUAUAUAAUUAUUUGAUUUUCAUUGAGUUAGCUUAUCGUUCACAAAAGUAAUUGACAUACAAAAAUCAAAUACCAAGGAAGCCAUAUUCUUUCAAGGGUAAUUCAUACAUUUUCUAUCACUUGUGCCUUCAAUCAUCAUUUUACAUGUGACAUCUUUUCAAGUGCACACCAAACACAUACACACACUCUUUCUCCCGCUCAUACACUUACACUUUAUUGUCACAAUUUGUGAAUAUUUAAUUUGUUCACGCAUUUUCUCAACAAAACAGGAUUUAAAGCAAAUUUACCACAGCAUUUUGAAAAUUGGAUCGAAGCGAAAGAAUAAAAACGUGUAUACAAAACUUAGCAAUCUAGAUUAUACGUCGAGCCAAACCAAUCAUUUAAAACGGAGGUGAGAAAAAAAAACACAAAUCUCGGUGAUCGACGUUCAUUUUUUUUUCAUCGUGCAAUGUAGAAGGCCGUAUGUGUGUUAGUCGAAAUUAAGAUAAAAGUCAAAAAUUAUAUCAAUUAUUUAUAAAUUAUACAGAUUUCAAAACGAAAUUAAUAAAUAAUUUUCGCCAAA